AUGUUCCUCCUGCUGAUCAAGAAAAGCUUUUUAUCCAGAAGUUACGACAAUGUUGUGUACUUUUUGACUUUGUUUCUGAUCCACUAAGUGACCUAAAGUGGAAGGAAGUAAAACGAGCAGCUUUAAGUGAAAUGGUAGAAUAUAUCACACACAAUCGCAAUGUGAUUACAGAACCUAUUUACCCUGAAGUAGUACAUAUGUUUGCAGUUAAUAUGUUUCGAACAUUACCACCAUCUUCCAAUCCAACGGGAGCAGAAUUUGAUCCAGAGGAAGAUGAACCAACCUUAGAAGCUGCAUGGCCUCAUCUACAGCUUGUUUAUGAGUUUUUCUUAAGGUUUUUAGAAUCUCCAGAUUUUCAACCCAAUAUAGCUAAGAAGUAUAUUGAUCAGAAGUUUGUAUUACAGCUUUUAGAGCUCUUUGACAGUGAAGAUCCUCGUGAAAGAGAUUUUCUUAAAACAACUCUUCACAGAAUAUAUGGGAAAUUCUUAGGCCUAAGAGCUUACAUCCGGAAACAAAUUAAUAAUAUAUUUUAUAGGUAUGUCA